UUCCGCCGGUAGAGUCCCCGCUCGGUCUGAGACGACAUCGGACUGGAUGCGGCAGUAUCCGGAGCCGGAGCCACCUUACGGUCAUAUUUUCAAUCGUUUAUAACAUGUACGGCGGGGUCUCAGCGCACAGAGACGCGUGAGGUGAAAUAAUUCGACAGACUGGCUGCCGCGCCUCCACGUCCAAGUGGUUUCCCCUAAUAAAUCACCAUUUUUGUUUAAUCGUGUACAAGUGCCAUUUCGCCUCCUGAUUAUGGCGAUUAGUCCGCUUUUUCCCGCCGACCCCUCGGCUCGCAGGGAGCAGUGAGGAAAACAAACAGGUCGAACGGAGGAAGAUUGGUAGCCGGUUAGAUGUGGAGGUUGUUCAGCGGCGAAUGAAUCGUUUUCGCGGUGUAUGUAGUUGUCGGGUACCAAUUCAGAGCUGGUCUGUUUUGGUGCUUCUUGUGUGCGGCGCAUUCCGGACGCUGUUUGGAGUUUUCCCUCCGAGUAUGUUGCCGCUUUCUAACAUUUUGUCGGGGCUGUUGGAGCGCGUAGUCUACCCGCUGCAGUUUUGUGUUUUUCGCGACGUUGUUUACCGGCUAUAAUUCGACGGUUAAUUAUUUAAAUAUACCGGCUUGCCGGGUCUCAGUACAGUGAAACAGUUUUUAGACAUGCAUACGAGGCGUCUGGUGAAGCGGUCGGUCCUCGGCAGCCGCGUUUAUGCGCCGAGUCCGACGGGGGACGGUGCCCCGGUGACAGGAGUGGUCCAGGCUGUCAAGCAGGAAAACAGAGACGUCUCGGCCCCGGGAGCCCGGCGCAGCGUCUACACUGUGCUCAUGCAAGACGGGAGCCUCAAGGAGUUCUCCGAGGAGGAGAUAGCCUCGGGCUUCAACCACACCGCAGCCAAAGGACCGCUCAAGUCCAGCCUCAAGCAAAGCUUCAGUAACGGAGCUGCAGAUGGCCAGAAGGUGGAGGGCGGCUGCCUAAGCCCAGAGCCAGUGGAGGAGCAGCGUUCAACGGAUGGAAAACGCGUUAGCCGGGACUCUGACACCCGAUCGGUGUCCCUGCUGGAGCAGAAACGCAAAGUAGUCUCCUCCAGCAUUGAUGUCCCUCAUGCCAGGCGGUCAGAGGAGGAAGUGGAUAUGGACAAGGUGACGGCUGCCAUGGUACUGACAAGUCUUUCCACCAGCCCGCUGGUUAGGAGCCCACCUGUGAGAGUCAGUGAGGGUCUAAGUGGCUCAUGGAAGGACAACGGCUCGGCCGGACCCUUCACCCCAUCGAGCAACAGCUCCUCGGGGGGCUACUGGAGCUGGUCUGCUCCGAGUGACCAGUCCAACCCCUCCACACCAUCCCCACCGCUCUCUGCAGACAGCUUCAAGCCCUUCCGUGUACCCAGCCUGGGAGGCGUGGGUCCUGGCCCUGCAGGACCCGAAGAUCCUGUUCUGGAUGAGCAGGAUGGCAGCAGCCUGCUCUUUGAUGAGCCCAUCCCUCGCAAGCGCAAGAACUCCAUGAAGGUGAUGUUCAAGUGCCUGUGGAAGAAUUGUGGCAAGGUGCUGAGUACUGCCGCCGGCAUUCAGAGACACAUCCGCACCAUCCACCUGGGUCGUAACUGUGACUCAGACUGCAGCGACGGUGAGGAGGACUUCUACUACACGGAGAUUAAGCUCAACACAGACUCGGUGGCCGACGGCCUGAGCAGCCUGUCCCCAGCUUCGCCCUCUGUCCUGUCUCCCCCUCCCCCUCCCCCGUCUCCCCUUCCCUCGGUCAGCCAGCUGCCAGACUCCCACAAACCGAUGCAGUCCUCUGACAUCAAGGAGCCCCACGCCGGUGGCACCACGCCGCUCAGCCGCUCUGCACCCAGCGCUCUCUACCUCAUCCACACGGACCAUGCCUACCAGGCCACGGCUCCAGUGUCUAUCCCGUCCAGCAGCAGUAACUCGGCCAGUUCGGCGUCCACCAGCUUCACUCCCACCAACAGCUCCAGUUUCAGCAUCUCCUGGCAGUCACCACCCGUCACUUUCACCGGGACCACGGUGUCUCCCAGUAAGAGCCAAGGAUUUGGUGAACAGCGUUCCCAGACCAUCGCAGUGCUUUCAUCCCCUCCCAGAGCCACCACUGCCCUCAGUCGGAAGGUACGUGGUGAGGGGAAGAAGUGCCGUAAGGUGUACGGGAUGGAGAACCGCGACAUGUGGUGCACCGCGUGCCGCUGGAAGAAGGCCUGUCAGAGAUUCACUGACUGAUCGUCCCUAACAGCCCGCCACAAAAACAGGCACUGCAGUUUUCCACCAGAAAAAAGGGGAAUGGGCAUCAUUUUGCAUGCAUUCGGUUUUCUUCAGCUCAACAUCGCAACUGUCCAUCAAGCUCCGGCUCUGCCCCCGUUCUUGCCCCCAGCUCCACCCCUUCAGCUCCACUGAACCAUUCCAGCUGCGGAAGAAACUGAAGGACGGCAGAGUCACCUUUUACGUCGCCGUCCGGGAUUCACAGUAUGGCCUCGCCAUUCCCCUUCUUUCCCAGUUUUUGGGGAAACCCCAGUGCAGCUAAACAGUGUAAAGAAAAACAUAGAUCUAAAGAUUUCUGCAGUUUUUUUAAAGUUGGGUUCAGUGUUGCAUCUUUCUAUGUUUUGUACAGCUCUGGUUUUUAAAUGAAAGUCUUGUCAAGAAGGGGUCGAGAAAAAGGCCAAAAGAUUUUUGUGUGUGUGUGUGUGUUUUCUCAAAAGAUUAAAGAAAAAAGAACUUCAAUUUUUUUUUAUCCAAAAGAAGAAUGGGACUCUUUGUUCAAGUGUUUGAAGAACAUUAUGAAAAAGCAUAGAGGUAAAGCUCGCGGUUUUUUUGUUCUUCCUUCGACUUGUUCAUCUCUUUGUUUCAAUUCUGGACUUUGAGGUGAUCUUUUAUCACCAACAUCACAGCCUCUCCUGGUCCCUCACGCCUCCCGGACAGCCCCGAGGGAAAUGUAUCCACGGCAGAGCCGGGAGGGGCUCGUUGGCAGGUAGAAAGAAGGAAGAAGAGAGACACACAAGGUGAAUGAUCAAUGCAAAAAAUAACAACAAAAAAAAAAAGAUACAACUUCCAGUCAGGGAAAGCAGAUGGACCAUACGAGUGAUUUACACAGCAGCACUCACACCAACACAGCUUUUCUCACACAAUCAAAGCAGAUUAUGUCAACUUGUAUCCAGUUGGUUCAUUGUUUCUUUGCGUUAUCAGGGAUGUGAUUCUGAAGAGAGCAAAAACCAGCAGCUUAAACUGUAUGCAGCACUAUCUCAACAGCUUCUAUCUUUCAUUACACAUGACAACUUUGCAACCAAAAACUCCUUUAUCCUGUUAUUCAUGUUUUUGGUUUUUGUUAAGGUGCCAUGUUUAGUGUUGUUGAUGUCAUUUCUUUUCUUUUUUUUUUUAUUAUUAUUAUUAUUAUUAUUUGGUGAAACCAAGACUGUUUACCUACCUGCUAAACAAAGUGUGUUAAAGACCUUCCUAAAAGCACUGGAAGUCAGCAGCAUGUGACGCCAUUAAAAGAUCUUUCAACGAAAUCGCCCUCCUCCUCCUCCGUCACCAACUUUUACUCCGACAAAUUAAGUUUGUGUUUACAUCCACCACAAAGGCGCCCCCUGAUGACCUGUUAUCCAAAGGGGGAGGGCUGAAUACCAAAAGUGAGAUACUUUUUGCACUGUAUUUGUGUAACAGAGUAUAUGGUGCCUUUGUGGUCCGUUUUUAGAUAGCUCCAAAUGUUUCCACUAUGUCCUCUCCUUUCCCAGUUUAACUGUGUGCUAUAGAAACAGUAAUACUAUUUUGAACCACCCACAUGUAGCUGCUCCCACUUAAAUUCCUUGCACCAAGCUUUUGGUUUUUGGGUGGGGAGAGCAUUUGUGGAGGGAAGUUGUGGCACUUAAUUAGGUGACUCCUUUAUUGUUUAACAUAAUUCACUAGGCAAGCAAUGCUUCUUCUGUAGGAGUCUUUGUGAUUGUCUGAUGAGGUGAAAGGAGGUUAAAAUGGUGCGUUUACCUGAUCUAUCAUUUGAAUUUCAGCCUCCCUUUUUUUUUUUUUUUUUUUUGCCUCAAAAGCAGUAAACAGAAUUAUGAGGCCCAAUCGUUUACAAAUGUGGACCAACUCUUUUCUUACUUGAGGCUUCCGAUCACAGCGUUCUGCAAACCUCGUCCUUUUUUGGGAGGAUUUCUGUUAAACGCACUCACACACGCACAGACACACACACAAACAAGCUGCAUCAUUCUACAACAGUUAUUCAAAACCAACACCAGCUAAUAAACUCACAUGCUCGUCCAUUUUAAGCACCUGAAAGU